UCAGAGAUGCAUCUCUUUUUCUUCUGCGUUUGCGUCAAACUGUGUUUUGUUGUUAUGUUUGGGAGAAACUGAAAAUUUUUAAAUAUACAAGUUCUUUACUAAACAAUACGAAAAUGGUGAGAGUAAUAUCGCAAGAAACCUUUAACGAUGUGGUGAAUGAGAAUAUCCAAGAAUUUUCAAUGUCACCGGAGGAAGCUAUUGAAUCUGCUGUACAGGAAUUCGAAGCUCAGGGUGUAGAUUUGAGCAAUGUAGUAAAAGAGCUCAUGGAGAAUACACCUGCAGAUAGUUCCAAGAAGUCUUUAUUGCAUACAAUUAGUCGCUUAAAAGGCCUUUUAAAAACAGAUACAAAAUUGCCUGAACUUUGCCAAGAACUAUCAGAAUUGAAAGCUGAAUGUGACAAAGAUCUUGCCCACAAAAUUCUGGCUGGGAAAAAUGGAGCCUAUGAUUUAUUAAUAAAAGUUUUGGAGUUGUAUGAAACAAACAGAGAUGUGACUCUUGUAACACUUGAUGCUAUGAUCUCCUUAAUGACUGGGCAACCUGAUCUGUUAGAUGAAAAAGGCACUAACUUGAUAAUCAAAUUUCUGAAAGAGCAUAUUGACCUAGGCACACAACGCCAGGUUUUACAGUGGACGAAGCAGUGUUGUCUGAAACAUGAAAAUAACAGACAAAAUAUUUUUGAUCAUGAUAUAGUCAAUAUUUUAAAACAGUUUUUGGAAAAUGGUGCAUCUAGUGCUUUGUUGAUAAGAGAUGUAUGUUCUGUCAUCAAAGCUCUUGUUGUGGACGAUGACAUCAGGGUGGAAUUUGGGAAGGCUCAUGAGCAUGCUAGAAGCUUUGCAAAUGAAAUUCUAACAAUAAUUGUGGACUUACUGAGAAAAUACCCAGAUGAUAAAGAAACACUUAGCAGUUUGUUUUCAACAUUAAGUGCACUGGUAGUAACAAAUGAUUUCUGUCAACUAGUGGAGGAAGCUGGGGGACUUAUAUUUAUUAAUGAUGUUAUGGUCAAUUUCCCAGAUAGUGAGAAAAUCAAUCAGCAGUGUUUGUGGUUACUAAAAAAUUUAGCUGGAAAUGAUGAGGUUAAAAUGAAAAUAAUACGUAAUGGAACUGCUCCAUUAAUUAUUGGUGCAAUGGAAAGACAUAGGAAAUCGCCUUAUGUAAUACUUGCAGGAAAUGCAUGCAUUGCUGCCCUGAGCUUAAGAAGUCCAGCAAAUAGCAGAGCGCUGUGUGAUGCCGGUGCAGCAGAAGCAGUUGUAUAUGGCAUGAAGGCACAUUUGGAUAGAGUUGAUUUGCAGGUGAAAGGUUGUUGGGCAAUUCGGAACAUUGUGGCAAGAGAACGAUCGCUGGCUCCUUUAUUUCUUGAGAUGGGUGUUGAAGAGCAUCUGAAUUCCAUCAUCAAAAAGCAUGAUAAAAGAUGUGACUAUGACGUAAAAGCUGCCCUGCGUGAUUUGGGUUGUGAAGUUAAACUCAUAGAACAGUGGACAGGAAAGGGAGGUGCUUUAAAUUAAUAAUUUGCAUGCAGACUUCCAAGUUGUGCUUCCUCAUCGUAAAUAACAACAUCUAUUUACAUGAACAUUUUGUAAUUAACUCAUUAUAUUAAUGAAUAUUAAUAUAAAAUCAUUUGAUUUUUGUGCUUGGUAAAACCAAUAGCUCCGUGGCGAGUUGUUAUAUUGCUAUAUAUUUUCUAACAACUGGUGCAGUCCCUUUGUGUGCUGGUACCUAUUUUUGGAAGAAUCACAUUUGACUCUGCACUGGUGACUAAAAAUUUUGUUUUUUAGCUAUCUAAUUUUGUUAAUUAAUUUUAAUAUAAUACUGUUAACUGUGAUUGACAUUGUUAACAAUAAAUGAAAAGCAAUUUA